GGCUUGUUUGGGUUAUCUUGAUCUACAUCACCAUGAAGUUCCUCACAACAUUGAGUUUCGUCACAGCGGCAUUCGCUGCUAGCCGAACGACUGCGCCCUCUGGAUGCAUCACUGUCAAGAAGUCCCCUGGAAGCGGUCAAUUCGGUACCGUCCAAGCUGCUGUCAACUCUCUCUCAACUACGGCAUCUGGAAAGCAAUGCAUCUUCAUUGACCAGGGUACCUACAAUGAGCAGGUCCUUGUUCCUAGUCGCAACGCUCAGCUGUCUAUCUACGGUUACACUACCGAUACUAGCGGAUACAGCGGCAACAAGGUCACCAUCACAGCAAAGAAGAGCCAGGCUGAUGGUUUGAACAACGAUGGCACAGCUACCCUCCGUGUCAAGGCUGCGAACUUCAAGCUCUACAACGUCAAUGUUGCCAACACUUACGGACAGGGCAGCCAGGCUGUUGCUCUGAGCGCCUAUGCCGAUAGCGGAUACUACGGUGUUGCUCUUACUGGAUUCCAGGAUACCCUUCUUGCCCAGCAGGGCUACCAGCUGUACUCCAAAUGCCUUAUUCAGGGCGCUACCGACUUCAUCUUCGGCCAGACUGCUUCCGCCUGGUUCGAGAAGAUUGACCUACGAGUUGUCGCCGCCUCAGUCGGCUACAUCACCGCCAACGGACGCGACUCUGACUCCAACAUGUCUUACUACGUUUUCAACAACUGCAACAUUGCCGCAGCUGCCGGCAACGCCGUUGCCAACGGCGCAUACUACCUUGGUCGACCUUGGCGCCAGUAUGCCCGUGUUGUCUUCCAGAAGACCAGCAUGAGCUCCGUCAUCAACUCCAAGGGUUGGUCUAUCUGGAACACUGGCGAGGAGAACACUGCCCACGUGCUGUUUGGAGAGUAUGGUAACACUGGUGCUGGUUCUCAGGGUCAGCGCGCCUCUUUUGCCACCAAGCUCUCCAAUGCAGUCUCUAUCUCUACUGUCCUUUCUGGAAACUACGCUUCUAAGGGCUUCUACGAUGCUUCUUAUAUGUAAAGCAUAGGACAAACAGGACGCGGAGCCAACAUGUACAUCAAAUCUAUACAGCAUUCCAUUCCGUGUACAUAUUAGGGCCAACGGAAGCAGUGGCGCAUUCGAAUAGAUAAUUGCAAGUAGCCGGUUCGGGCAGCCAGUGUAGAUCAUUCUAUACGAAGGGGAUGCUCCUGCCAUUGCUUCCCUUUUCACCAAUCUUGGAAUCUUUACGUGGAACCAGA